AUGGUGACGAUCCGCUCGUUGAACAACGAAGCACAUCGUGAAAGCAUCAGAGGACGAUGGAAAUCGAUCACUUCCGAAGAUCUAACAACGGACCAACUGCUUAGGCUGAUUCAUGGUUCCGAAACGAUGGAUCUUCCAACGAAACCGAUCAUACGUCCUCCAGAAGAACCCAUAAUAAUAAGACCAAAGCAGCCGCAAUACUUUUCCGUUUACGAAAAACAGCGUCCAUAUAAGAGUCUGAAUUUCGACAUUGACGCGAAAGAUCACGGGCAAGACUAUGAAACCGUGGAGAGGGAGAUUCGUGAGAGUAUCGGAGCCAUGGACGAAUUGAAAAACGAGCAUCAAGACUCUCUACAGAUCUCUGGCUUUCUAAAUAGGGUAUUAUAG